ACUAAAAAUUAAAUCCACAAGUGAAGAAAAAAAAGAAAAGGUGAGAGAGAUCUCUCCCUCACCCUCACACACGCUUAAACAGAUGGCUAUCGCGAGCAGAUCGUGGGUAGCCACCGUGAACCACCAUGCAAACCCACACAGCUUCUCCUCUCCGAAGAAACCCGUUUUCUUUCUUUCCCAAAAGCCUCACAUUUCCCACGUCUGCUCGUCUCGAUGCUCUCUGGUUCUUGAGGAAGAUGAAAAGAAGUCACCGAGUUCUAAACAAGACAAGUGGCCAUUUUUCGAACCUGUCCCUGAUGGCCUUAACCUGGUCUUAUCCAGGUUGCUACGAGAUCCUGAAACCCAGAAACUUUCUUCAGAGUUUUACGAGAAAGCCAAGGAGAACUCAGAGCUGAGGACGACCAAGCAUCUGAUCAAUUACUUGGUGAAUGCCAAGAACUGGGACUUGCUCGUCUCGCUUUGUGAGGAUCUCAGGGAAUACAAUGCGUUGCCUGAUGCUCAUACGUGUUCCCAACUGAUCAGGAGUUGCAUCAGAGAGAGAAAGUUCCGAGUUGCGCACUGCUUGCUUAGCGUGUUUAGAUCAGACAAAACAUUGGCUGUGUUCGCAACUGAUUCGGCGAUGAAAGGUUUUAACAAACUCCAGAUGUAUAGUAGCACGAUCCAAGUGUUUGAUAGGAUGAAACAAUAUGUAGGAGUUGAGCCAAGCCCGGGAUGUUAUUGCAGGAUCAUGGAGGCUCAUGAAAGGAUCGGUGACAAUCAAAAAGUGGUUGAGUUAUUUCAAGAAUUUAAGAGCAAGAGGUUGAGUUUCUUGGCCAAGGAAUCAGGCUCCAUCUACACGAUUCUAUGCACCUCCCUUGCAAAAUCAGGACGCGCAUUCGAAGCUCUUGAGUUUUUGGAGGAGAUGAAAGACAAAGGAAUUCAGGAAACUAGUGCAUUGUACUCUACGCUGAUCCGUGCCUUAGCGGGAGCUCGAGAGGUUACAACGGUCGAGAAGCUAUUCAAAGAAGCAGGGGAGAAGAAACUGUUGAAGGAUCCAGAAAUGUGUUUGAAGGUUGUAUUGAUGUAUGUUCGAGAAGGAAAAAUGGAGAGAACUCUAGAGGUUGUGGCCGCUAUGAGGAAGAACGAUUUAAGGGUCUCCGACUGCAUUCUCUGCGCGAUCGUGAAUGGAUUUUCUAAGCAAAGAGGUUUUGCGGAAGCAGUUAGGGCUUACGAGUGGCUUAAGAAGCAAGAAUGUGAGGCUGGACAAGUGACUUACGCAAUAACCAUCAAUGCGUACUGUCGACUAGAGGAGUACGAGAAGGCUGAAAUGUUGUUUGAUGAGAUGGUAAACAAAGGAUUUGACAAAUGCGUUGUUGCAUACUCAAACAUUAUAGAUAUGUACGGGAAAACAAGGAGGCUAAGCGAUGCAGUGAAACUCAUGGCUAAGAUGAAACAGAGAGGAUGUAAACCCAACAUUUGGAUUUACAAUUCUUUGAUUGAUAUGCAUGGGAGAGCUAUGGACUUGAGGCGGGUCGAAAAGAUAUGGAAAGAGAUGAAGAGGAUGAAGGUGUUGCCUGACAAGGUGAGUUACACAAGCAUGAUCGGUGCGUGUAAUAGAGCAAAAGAGUUGGAGAGAUGUGUGGAGCUUUACAACGAGUUUAGGAUGAACAGAGGAAAGAUUGAUAGGGCCAUGGCAGGAAUCAUGGUCGGUGUAUUCUCCAAAACCAGCCGGAUUGAUGAGCUAAUGAGACUGUUGCAGGACAUGAAAGUUGAACGAACCAAGCUUGAUGCGAGGCUCUACUCCUCAGCUUUGAAUGCUCUGCGUGAUGCUGGUCUCAAUUCCCAGAUAAGAUGGCUGCAGGAAAGCUUUGACACAGCACAAACCGGUGCUUCAAGAUAUUCGAAUACGAAGAGUAAAACAACUUUGCAGGGUUCUUGAAUUGAAGUUGAAACUGUAGAAGUCAAGAAUUCUUUUGUAAUUAAAUGUAAUACAUUGUCACAGAGAUCUGCUAUCUUGCAAAUAGAAGAUUUCCAUCUCAAGUUGUAAAGCCUUAAGAAAACAAUUGGAUUUCUGAAACA